AUGGAACAGCAACUGAAAUCUAGUAAUGAUCGAUCAAGCGAUACUAACAAUGCCAUUCUUCCCCUCCCCCUUGAAUUAUUAUACGACAUACUGGACUGCCUAUCACUUGAGGACACAAUCUCGUUCGCGUUCAGCAGAUGGGACUUUUUACUUGCUUCGCUCGAUUUUCUCAAGCACAAAGUGGGCCCCACGCUUCGACAUCUGAAUUUCCUUGCUGUGCUGUUCAACGAAAGUCGGUGGCCAAGGUCUUGGCUAUACAAGAUUGUUCAAAGCUCGCUACAGUGUGAGCAACCAAUACUAAGAGAUAUUUGUAUAUUGACUGGCAUCUUCGAAGAUAUUGACUGUCCGGAGAGAAUCAUGCGGUACAUUAUCUCUACAUGUGCCGAGUCUAACUGGCCAAUCUCACAUAGCUGUGUUCUUCGAGGGUUCAAAGGAAUCGGUGGCUUGUAUCUACAGCGAAGCCCACAUGCUAUUUUUGAUACGGACAAAUUAGGCAUGAGCAUUUUACAUGUUUCCAUCCUAAGUCGGGCUCCGCAAGUAUUCAACGUUGUCCAUCGGAUUUUGAAAGCAACUCCCGAGCCAGAGCAAGUUGACUUUGUCAAUAAGCUUGACUGUAUGGCCCACUCGGCGUUGACAUAUGCGAUAUCUACCUGUUCCGUGGAUAUGCUUGAUGCACUGAUCCUUGUUGGGGCAAAUAUCAAUCGCAGAGAUCGGUUCGGCUUCACGCCACUCAUUGAAGCAGGGUACUUUGGAUAUAGAGAAAUAAUCGACUGCUUGAUUAGACAUGGUGCGGUCUUUACUGCCCGGGAUGGCGUUGGCCAUUCUAUCUUGGAACAUAUCAUGAACGGUAAAGCUGAGAUGAAGCAACAGCUCCUGGAACAUAUCAGUCCAUUUGCUAGUCAAGAACAGCUAGACAGCGCCCUAAGAUAUGACUUUGAGAAUACGAACGGGCAUACGGCGACCCUGGUAAAGCUUGGCGCAAAUCCUGAAAAUGUGGGUCUAUCGGCUGGUGACAUUCAAUCCAACUCAUCGUCAUCGAAGGCUCUUGAAUCUGAUAUACCUGGAUGA